GAGAAUGCCAGAAUGGAGACAAUCGCAGAUGCUGGAGGAGGUUGAGGCGGCUGAAGCAGCGGAAUCGGGUUGGGUAUUUGCGUGUUGGAUAUAUUUCUCAGUGAAAACAAGCCCCUUGACUUUCUAUUAGAUUAGUAAAGGGCGCAGUGAACUGUAAUUGUGAAAAGGUUGGAAGAUCUGGCCAAAGAAGGUGAUAGCCCUGUAGAUUCGUUCCCAUGGUUCGAUCCUUCCCAGUAAAAUGCGCAACACACUGUCAAAUCAUUUGAAUUUAGAGAUGAUCCCUGAACUCAAGACUCCGCAGGAUUUGCCGUUUUCAUGACAAGCCAAAAUAGGCGAGGAGGUGUCGGUGGUAAGACUAUUCCAGUGGCAAGGUCGUCAUUGUCAACUGCAAAGGCAAAGACCAUGUCGUCGUACUAUGAAAUACAGCCGUUGGGAAUGGGACCUGCUGCCGGCAUGGGACGGGGUGAUGGUAACUCAAGCAGAUUAUCAAGCACUUCGAGCCAUCAAGCGGGAACUGGUCGACUUCCAAGGAGUUUUGCGCAGUUGGAAUGACAGUGGAUAUGGAGCUUGCUCAGGUGGGUGGGCUGGAAUCAAGUGUGUCAAGGGACAGGUUAUAGAAAUCCAGCUUCCUUGGAAGGGACUUGGAGGCGGAAUCUCUGAGAAGAUUGGUCAGCUUCAAGAUCUUCGAAUGCUUAGUCUCCACGACAAUGUGUUAGCUGGUGCUGUUCCAUGGUCUCUUGGAUUCCUCCCCAAUCUUAGAGGAGUUUACCUUUUCAACAAUAUGCUCUCGGGCUCCAUCCCUCCUUCAAUUGGUAACUGUCAUAAACUUCAGGCUCUUGAUUUGAGCAACAAUUCACUUAGUGGUAUAAUACCUUCCAGUCUAGCGAGCUCUACCAGGUUAUAUAGGGUCAAUCUGAGCUUCAAUUCUUUUUCGGGUCCAAUUCCCGGUAGUCUUACUCGGUUACCUUCUCUGACCCUUUUUGAUCUCCAACACAACAAUCUUUCUGGUACUAUCCCUGAUUCUUGGGGUACAACAGGAAACUACUCUUACCGACUUCAGGUCUUGACCCUUGAUCAUAACCUGUUGUCUGGACCAAUUCCUGCUUCUCUUAGCAAGUUGGUUUUCCUUCAAGAUCUUUCUCUGGCUCAUAACCUGCUUUCUAGGACCAUACCAAGUGAACUCGGCAGGCUCUUUGAGCUCCAGAAUCUUGAUUUAUCAUACAAUGCCAUCAAUGGUAGCAUUCCUGGUAGUUUUGCCAACCUAUCCUCGCUUGUCUCAUUGAAUUUAGAGGGCAAUAAGCUUGAAAAUCAGAUCCCAGAUGCCAUAGGCAGAUUACAGAACCUGUCAGUACUUAAGCUGAAAAGUAAUAGAUUGGAAAGUAAUAUUCCCCCAUCAAUUGGGAACAUCUCUGGCAUCAAAAUUCUAGAUUUGUCUCAGAAUGAUUUGACUAGAGAAAUUCCAGUUUCAUUCAGCCUUCUAGCAAACCUUACUACCUUUAAUGUUUCUUACAACAACCUGUCUGGUGCUGUUCCAUCCGUCCUCUCAAAAAAGUUCAAUUCGAGUUCUUUUGUUGGAAAUCUUCAGCUAUGUGGGUAUAGCACUUCAACCCCAUGUCCUUCUCCACCUCCUCUCAUUCUUCCACCAGCACCAAAACGUCAUCAUCGCAAACUCAGUAUCAAGGAUAUCAUCCUAAUGGCAGCCGGUGUCCUCCUCGCCCUUCUACUUUUAUUUUGCUGCAUUUUGAUCUUCUGUUUAAUGAAGAAAAGGUCUUCCUCUAAAGGAAAAAAUGGUAAAGCAGCUGAAAGGGACACUACAGGGAAAGCUCAGAAAGCAGUUCCUGUAUUGCGGGCUGAAGUAGAAGCAGGUGGCGAAAUGGGUGGAAAACUAGUCCACUUCGAUGGACCAUUUAUUUUUAUUACUGACGAUCUACUAUGUGCGACUGCGGAGGUAAUGGGGAAAAGUACUUAUGGGACAGCAUACAAGGCAACAUUUGAGGAUGGCAAUCAAGUUGCAGUUAAGAGAUUGAGGGAGAAAAUAACGAAAGGGCAGCGUGAGUUUGAAGCUGAGGCUGCUGCACUUGGAGAGAUUCGUCACCCAAACCUGUUAGCCCUCAGAGCCUAUUACUUGGGACCUAAAGGAGAGAAGCUUCUUGUCUUUGAUUACAUGCCCAAAGGGAGUCUGGCAUCCUUCCUACAUGCACGAGGACCGGAAAUCACUAUUGACUGGCCAAGAAGGAUGGAAAUUGCCAUGGGUGUUGCUCGUGGACUUAUCCAUCUCCACAGCCAGGAGAAAAUGGUUCAUGGGAAUCUGACAUCAAGCAACAUACUACUUGAUGAGCAGAACAACCCCCACAUUGCAGACUUUGGCCUCUCCAAGCUCAUGACAUCUGCUGCCAAUACCAAUGUCAUUGCCACAGCAGGAACACUCGGCUACUGUGCACCAGAACUAUCAAAGUUGAAAGACGCCAACACAAAGACAGAUGUGUACAGCCUUGGCGUAAUCAUAUUGGAACUCUUAACAGGUAAGUCGCCUGGAGAGCCAAUGAAUGGAAUGGAUUUGCCACAAUGGGUGGCGUCAAUAGUGAAGGAGGAAUGGACAAAUGAAGUGUUUGAUUUGGAGCUUAUGAGGGAUACACCAGACAUAGGUGAUGAGUUACUUGACACUCUGAAAUUAGCUUUGCAUUGUGUAGAUCAAACACCAGCAGCACGUCCAGAAGUUCAGCAAGUUCUGCAGCAACUAGAGGAGAUUAAGCCAAACCUGGCUGCUAGUUCUACUGAUGAUAGAGCCCCAGUUCAAUCAGCAAGUGAAUAGAAUUGUUGUUGUCUGGUUAUGAAGGAAUAAAGGAGUGUUGAUAAAUUAGGAUAGUUUGACAAGUUACAAGAGGAAGGAGGGGUAGCCCUCAAUAUUCUUUAGUUCUUUGGUCAGAGUAUGUAAAUAGAGCUUGGUGUGGAAGUGUUAUUUGGAAUAAGCAUUCUUUUUCAUAUAUUAUAAUUAUGUAUCCUCUCUAAAUGUAUUUGUAGUCGCCAAAAGAGAAGAAUCUCAAAUAAAAUGGUGAAAAAUUCAUCUGAUAU